AUCCAGGUCCAGAAGAAAAGAUCAGUUUCUUUCUUCACCAUUCUUACUUUGAAGGCAAACUCAACAAUGGCUAAUUCAUCAGGACUCCUCAAACUAGGGACUCUUGUAAUCUUCGUAUCCAUGCUUAUCAUGAGUUUCUCCCAUGGAGGGCAAGCACAAAUCUCCUGUGACACUGUUGACAACGACCUGUUUCCAUGCCUUAGCUUCGUCCUGAAUGGAGGAAAAGUUGCACCUGCUUGCUGUAGUGGGAUUAAGACUCUACUCAGCCUGGCUAAGACUCAAACUGAUCGCCAGAGUGUUUGUUCUUGCUUGAAAUCUGUUGCUCAGAGUGCUACUAAUGGUCAGCUCAAGAAUGCUGCUCAAAUCCCUCAUCUGUGUGGUGUUAAUCUCCCAUUCCAGAUUUCUCGCAACAUCGACUGCUCAAAGGUGAAGUGAGCUUGAUGGACAAUUGAGAUGCGUUGCAUCACUUUGCAAUCUUGAAUGGAUUGUAAAAAUUUAUCAUUAUUAAUACCAGUGAA